AAGCCCGAGCCUCCCCGCCCGUACAAAUGCCCCAUGUGCCCCAAGGCGUUCUUCCGUCUCGAGCACCAGACACGGCACAUCCGCACGCACACCGGCGAGCGGCCGCAUGCCUGCACACACCCUGGCUGUGAGAAGCGGUUUUCGCGGUCUGACGAGCUGACUAGACACAUGCGGAUCCAC